GUUUCCAUGUUUUCUUUGAGGUGACCCAAAGGUCAUCCCCGUGGCCCCACAUCGCGUGACUCAAAACGUGACACGCCUUACGUAACGCACAAAAAAUUGACUAAAAUGAAACUCUUCUCCGCGGCGGUCUUAUUGUAUGAUGCGACUUUGGUGCAAGCGAGGCAGGAUAAGUGGUAAAAGACUGCUGUGGUAUGUAUUUGUAGUUGCAUUUCUUAUCAUCGUUUAUCGGGUAAUUCAAGAGAAUGCCGGUGACAUCGAAAGGCAAUGGACUUGCGAGGAACUUCAUGCAAAGGAUCGACUGAUUCAACUUGUGAGUAUUAACAUCAUCAAUGCAGGAAAUAUUAUUGCAGAAUCAUAAAAAUAAAGGCCCUACGUACCACGAGGUUCGAAGAGGAUAGGUGGAGGUGAGCAGAUGAAAAUGAAAACAAUCAAGGCAGUUACCAUGUGCGAAGUUACGUUAAAACUCUCAUUAUCCAAGUCUUGAGUUAAUCAAAGUGACAGUUACACAAGGAAGUGAAUGUAUCGUUCCGUUACCCCUUGCAUCGUAUCGUUUCACCAGUAUGCAAUAAAUCGCAUUUUAAUAGAAUAGAUCCAUAAGUAAGAAUGAAAUAUCUGUUACAUAUACUAAAACAGGUUGACAGAUUUUGUUCGUGUCAUAGUCGAGUUGGAAGAGUCAUCCUAUCUAAAAACAAGAUUAAAUGUAUUGGCAGGAAGCAUAUGCUUCUAAUAUUGGUGAUUAGGGGGUCGUCAAGGAAAAUAAUUGGGAGGUGGGAACGUCCACAUCCUGCAGUGGUCACGUCUUUCAUAUCAUGCGUGCCUUUAGCCGGGAAUCACCCGCCGCCCUGUUAAAUAAUUUUAUUAUUAUCCAUGUUUAACCAAAGUGUCAAGAUUUUAAUCGCGGGAUCACUGGAGGAAAUCUCUGCAAAGACUUGUGUGACAGUCAUGAGCUUGCCAUUCAAGAUUGCCUCGCUCACAAGAAUACAACCAUUGUGUUUUCUGGAACGUGGAGAGAUCAUGACAUUGUAUUCAAGACAAAGAGGGAACCUCAUCAUUUUGAAGACUUGACAGCUCUAAUUGAUGCUGGACACGGUGGUAAGAUAACAUUAUUAAAGGCAUUCAAGGAAUUAAGUCACUUAGGGACUUCUGAUAAACUGCUAAAUUCUCCUUUCAAGUAAUCUUGUUUAUGCUUUUGAAAUAAAGGGAGAAUUUGACAUCAAAUCAGGAAUCACUUCAGGCCUUAGUAAUGUAAUAAUGGGAACAGGAGUGGGGGACCCUAGAUGUGCAUGCAUCCUACUUUUAUCUCACACCUCAAAUAUUAGUACUCCUUCUUUGCCUGGAACACAAACAUUUCACCCCUACCCCAAUCAACAAAUGAAAACGAAGGGGUGCCAGUGUUUCCUCUCUUGCAGCCAGUGGCCAUGGCUGAAUUGUGGGGGUGAGAUCGGACAUCAACAUGUAAAAAGGCACUAUGAAGCUGCUUCAGUCCAUGUUUGAUCUCGCCAGCCCAUCCAGACCAGUGUCAGCACGUGGAUGUUCAACCGCCAAAAAAGUUCCAUAUAAGUAGUCCUUUGCACCAAGGUUAGCUAUGUUAUAUUAUGAUUAUAUUAUGGCAGAGUGUUUACUGAACACACAUCUCUAUCUAGAGACAUUCCAUUGCACUGAUUAAGUCUUAAAAUACUUAAAUACAUGUCAUUCAGUUUCACCAUAACAAAGUUUCAAUUGGUUCAUUGACAGACAAUGAUGAUGGCAUUACUACUGGAGAUGACCAAGGUGGAAUUCAGGAACUCUUUACGUCGCACGUGUUUGAACAUGUAGUGAAUGAACUAUCUUUAUUUCAAAUGAAAGAUUUGAUGAAGCCAAAGAGGGUGCUAGAACAACUCUGGUACCCCCACCCCAUGGGUAAACUCACUUGGGCUGAUAUGUCAAGUUUGUGGCUCUUAAUACAAAGAGAUGAAUUUAUCAAGCUGCAGCUACUACAAAGCAUGAAACACAUACCACAAGUGUAUGGAUUCUGUGGGAGAUUCUAUGCUGUUGAAAAAGUGCAAGCGUUAGAGGAAUUGACAUUUACUCCUUUCAGAAAGCCAAUGCCUUGGAAGAAACGCUUGAAAAUAGCUUUGGACUUUUUAAGUCUCGAAAAGGAAUUUUCAAACACAAGUCUAGGAACACUUCAUCAUUGUGAUAUCCAGCCUGGAAAUUUUGGUAUCACCAAAGAUAUGCGAGUUGUAGCCUUGGACAUUGAUACUGUAUUCCCGACACGACAAAUGAAGGAUUUUCUUGAACAGCCAACUUGUGAAAGUAACAAACAAUGCGACUUUUUUGACUGUGUUUCUUCAUGCAAUCAGACAGUUCAUCAAUGUUCCAGAAAUAUUCUGACAAAUAAUUUACAGGUUAGAAAAGUUUUGAUCACUUACCACCUUUUAAACCAAUAGGGCUGUUCAUCAUCCCAGGGGGUGGGGGGUACUCCCUAAAAUGGCCUAUAUGGGGAGGUUUUACCUAAAAGGAGUACCUUUUCCAGGCUUCAGGUAUAUGAAAGGGUAGGGAUUUCGCUUGUUGAAGUAUAUGAAAGGGUAGGGAAAUCAAUCAUUGUGGGGCUAACAGAUGAAGAAUUUUGUGGCUGUGAAAAAGUUCAAAAAAUGUUCUGGUUGUGUGUUUUAUUCACAUUUUGAAGACAAUACAUUUAUAGCAGUUACAAGGGAUGCAAAGUUCCGAACUAAAAGGUGAAAGCCUCCCAAUUUAAACUUUGUUGUCCCCAAACAGAACAAAAGAGUCAGCAGUCUCUUACUUUUUCUUCUCGGGCUUAUGCCCUUGUUUAUCAUGGCUCACGGCUUCGCCACUCGCCUGCUUGAUUUUCAUGUGCCGUUACUUGCCAAAGAAGAAUAAGAGACUGCUCGCAGUCUAGUAUUAGAGUUCAUGUUUGUAUCACAUCUAGUACGUUGAGUAUGAAACAAGUAAAAAUAAAUAGGAGCAAUAUCCAAAAAAUGAGAUAUUAGUAAACUUUAGGAGUGUUUUGAAAAUUUUUUAUCGGCAAAUCUACUAUUUUGAAUGGGGAAUUAACUGAGAUAAGCAUUUUACUGACAUCCUUGCUGACACUGGCCGUUUUCACACUAAAGAUGGAUUAUCCGUCUGAGACGGAUUAUCUUUCUUCAAAAUCUGUCAAAAUUUACAGGUAAAAAGAAGGAUAAAAUCAGACGGAUUGUUCAUCCAAAAAGUAAAACCAUUCCAUAUUCAAAUUAAGACGUAUUAUCUGUCUGACGUGAAUUAUCCAACGGAUAACCCAUCUCAGAUGGAUAAUCUGUCUCUAGUGUGAAAACAGCCAUUCACUAUAUAAAAAAAGACUUAAAUUUUGAUCCCAAUAAUUUAAGGCAAUCAGCUGUCCGUAGACAAAUGUUUUCAUUCCCAACAUAGUUCGUAGAGGAGACUAGUAACUAGGAAAGCUGGAAAACAUCAAAAUUGAAAACAAUGGUGCUGUAGGUUAUGUUGGAAGCUCCUUGACCGUGCACAAUCCUUUGUUUUGUGUUCACAAAUAGUAACUGAAUAAAUUAAUACAUUAUGUUUCUAUUGGUCAGUAAGUUCAAAAUGACAGGAAUACUAUUGAACAUUGUGCAUGGUCAGGUCCAAAAAAGCCAGCAAAAACAUAUAACAAAGGGUUUCCCAACCAUUCCACUUUAAUUAACUAUGAUCCCAUGGUAAAUAAUAAACAAAAAUGUAUCAUAUAAUGACUAAGAGUAUGUCCUUUUUGCUACUGCAGGUCAUUUGUCGUGAUAUUCUGGUAUCACGUUGGGAACAACCAGGAUUAUUAAAAAGAGCUCCUGUGCAUAUUCAAAACAAACUGUCACCUCUACUAUCAGAAUGUGCAUCAGAAAAGAUGUUGCCAUGGGAACAAAGCAAAAGAAAAAGGAUACAUAAAAGGCUCAAGAAAAUUCUAUCUGAAGAACUCUGGUCGAAGUAG